ACACCUAACAAUAAUAUUUACACGUCUUAAACUUAUAAAACCCUCAGUUUCAAUAUGGCUUUCUUUAACCAUCUAGCUUUACCUGCCUCCCUAUUCGUAUUACUCUUCGCUCUGGUCGAAUCACAAUCUCCUCUUCUCAAGUACCACAACGGUCCUCUCCUCAAUGGCAACAUCACCGUUAAUCUAAUCUGGUAUGGCAAGUUCUCCCCAACCCAACGCUCCAUAUCGGUCGACUUUCUUUACUCUCUUGGGUCCCACACAAGGACUCAUACAACCUCAGUGUCAUCGUGGUGGAAAACUAUAGGAAGUUACAGGGGCGGUCCCAGCGCCGUCGUCGUAGGGAAUCAAAUCCUCGACGAGAGGUGUUCUCUUGGGAAGUUGCUCACCACCCAAAACCUCAUCGCCUUGGCGCUCAAAGGCGGCGGACGAGGAAGGGGACGCAACGCCGUUAACGUCGUGCUGACGGCGGAUGACGUGGCCGUCGAGGGGUUCUGCAGCAGCCGGUGCGGGACCCACGGCACGGCGAGAGGAAGAAAAGCCGUUUACGCGUGGGUGGGGAACUCGGUGAGUCAGUGCCCGGGUCAGUGCGCGUGGCCGUUUCACCAGCCGAUUUAUGGGCCGCAGACUCCACCGCUGGUUUCGCCCUCCGGUGACGUCGGAGUCGACGGGAUGGUCAUCAACUUAGCCACGGUUUUGGCGGGAACGGUGACGAACCCCUUCGGGAACGGAUACUUCCAGGGGCCUGCAAACGCGCCGCUGGAGAGCGUGAGCGCGUGCGCGGGUAUAUUCGGUAAAGGGGCUUAUCCAGGUUAUCCCGGGGAGGUUCUGGUGGAGAAAACGACGGGAGCUAGCUACAACGCGGUGGGUGUGAAUGGGAGGAAGUUUCUGCUUCCGGCUAUUUGGGACCCACGAACUUCCACGUGUAAGACUCCGGUUUGAGGGCCUGAGAGCUGUUGUAUUCUUCUUUUGUUGCCUCUUUAGCAUUUGUAUAGAUGUGGAUACCGGGCGGUGUUGGGCUGUUGGCUUGGGAUGGGAAGUUUUUAUGUAAUAAAGAUUUUGGAAGCAAUGUGUAAAGCAUUCAUUUGAUUCAA